GAGCAUUUAAAGAUCAAAUUCUAUAUUUGAAAUGCUUUGGUGGGCAUUGGUUAGGCAUGUCAAAAUUGGUUUGAAAAACCUUUCAAAAAUAAUGAAUUUGAAUUAAACACAAAAAUAAGUGUCCAAAACCAAACAGUGACUGACUUGUUGCAUAAGGAGGGACUAUGAAUCACUCUCUAUCUACGGAGUGCUUAUGAUUUUUGAAUGUACUUUUCAGCUGUAUGUUGCAACAUGUUCCCCUGCUCGAGAUGCUGGAGCGGGAUAUGUGGCAUGGGGUCAUUCCACACUUGUUGGACCGUUUGGGGAAAUAGUAGCUACUACUGAGCAUGAAGAGGCAAUAAUAAUAUCAGAGAUAGACUAUACACAGAUUGAACAAAGGAGGACAAAUCUGCCAUUGGAGAAGCAAAGGCGCGGCGAUCUUUACCAGUUCGUGGAUGUCCAGCGAUUGAAUUCAGCCAGUGAAGUGUUGUCGUUAUGAUUCCAAGAAAUAAAAGAAGAAGAAGAAGGUUUCAUGCAAGAUACAAAGUGUUUAUUGAAAGAAACCAUUGCUCCAACCUGUAUUGACUUUAGAAUCUGCAGAAAGGCUAUUAAUCUCCAGGUAAUACUUAUGAUGCCACUAGAGUUAAUAAUAUUCAUUAUCACAAGUUACAAACGACACAAGGGAGCAGAACUAUGAAAACUUUUCCCUUUAUUUGUUUGUAAAUCUAUUGCAGAUUGUAUUGAUCAUGUGUUGAGUUAUUAAUACAUCUCCCAUAUUUGUCUAUAAAGGAAGGAUUCAUGGGAUGCUGAUGAUUUCAUAAAUGUUUUAUGAAAUGAGUUUGAGGAGUUCAUAUAUUAUACAUCUGGAUGAACGGUGUUUA